AUGCCAGCAUCAUCGAAAACUACGAUAAAAGGAGGAAUAACAAAAACCAAAGAACAAUCACCUAAAAAGAAGAAAAUAAACAAUAAUAAACAAAUUAAUUCCGCAAAUCUUAAAAAUUCUUCUGCUUCAUCUUCUAGUACAUCGCAACAACAACAACAUCAUCAUUCAGCUCCACCAACACAUAAUCAACAAUCUAAAAUAAGUUUAGAUGCUAUAAAUGAAAAUGGAGAAUAUUUAUUAACAAAUGGACAACAUCAACAACAACAGCAGCAGCAACAACAGCAACAACAACAAAAUCCAUUAAAUGCUCGUUUUCCUCGUUCAAGUACAGUUCCAUAUCCAGCUUAUGCAACAGUAAGAAGAACUACAGGAAAUUAUAAUCCACCACCGUAUUAUUAUUAUACUGAUAAUCCAACACUUAUUCAUGGAGCUGUUUCACCAGCAUAUUUAAAUACUCGACAACCAUUUUCAAUAAUUAAUACUAAUUUUCAACCAAUUUCACCACAUCAUCAACAAUACAGUACACGACCUGUUGAUAUUCUUAAACCAACAUUUUUAAUUGUACCUAAAGCAACUGAACAACGAUUAAUUGCUCAAUUAUCAGCAUCAAAUUCACCAAUAUUAACUACGAAUAAUAAAACAAAAUCAACAACAAAAAUAUCACAAAAAUCAGUUGAACAAUCACCACCACCAACUAUUCGUAAUGCUGAAAUACAAACAAAUAAUAAUUCACCAACAAAACCAAUAAUGGAUGUUGGACAUCAACAUAUUGGUCUUCUUGCUACACCAAAUCCAUCACCAUAUGUUCAUUUUGCAAGUAUACCUCGUCCAGCACAAUCAUCAGAAUUAUCACAAGAUGGUCCACCAGAAACAACAAUCAUGCACGAAGAACUCAAUCAUAUGAAUGAUUACAAUCAACCAUCGCAUAGUAUUCGAUCAAUGCCAAAUAUAGCACUAGCACCAGUCUCGCCUCAUCACUUAUAUGGUUCACCGUCUUUACGUCAUUACCAUCUCACACAACAACCAACUGAUGAACAACAAAUAUUAAGUAGUACUGAAUCAACGGGUAUUCGAUCCGCAACAGUACCUCAAAUGUCUCGAACAACAGAUGGACGAACUCGUAUUGAAGUUGGCGAAACCGAUGAAUCAAGUUUAGCAUCAUUUGAUUUAGCACAUACGGAUAUGAUUGAUAUGCCAGGUUCAUGGAGAUAUCAAUCUGUUCCUAUACGAACAGUCGCACGACGAUAUCGUGCACCUUUACCACAAGCAUUUUAUGAUUCACAACAAUAUGUUAGUGAUUCGGAACAAGUUAUUCAUUCAUCAAGUUAUCGUCAACCACAAUUAUUUGGUUCAAUACCAACAAUUAAUCGACCAUUUGAUUCAAUGCGAAGUCUACAACCAAUACAAAUGGCUCCAUCAAUUCGUUUAAGUGAUAAAGAUAUAUUAAAAAUUGCAGCAUUCUAUAAAAGUAUGGGUACACUUGUUUAUGUUGCUCAAAGUAUAGCAACAUUAUAUACAUCUGAUUUUGAUUCUAUGGCUAAUUUAAAAGAUUGGAAAAAACUUUAUACAGGUGUACCAAUUUGGUUAUUUAAUACUGGCAUGAAUCCAAAGCGAGCUCGUUGUAUACGUUUAGUACUUUCUGAACUUGGUUCAAGUUUCACACUCUGGGAUACAAUUGUAAAUGGUGCAUCGGAUGUACGUCUACCAAAAUCACGUCAUAUUACAUUAAAAUCUUUAGAAACAGGUGCAAUACUUGCAUUAAAAUUUGAUGAUACAAAUGCAACAGAUGAAUUUCAUCAAUAUUUUGUUAAAUUAUCAUGUGAUCCACGUAAUGCAGAUUUAUUUGAUAUAUUUAAUACGAAACGACGUCGUCCUGUUUUUAUUCUACGUAAAAAGAAAAUAAAAAAAUCUGCUAUAUCAAAACCAUCACAUUUCAAUCAUAUAACGAAAGUUGAUGAACAUGAUAGAGAAUCAUUAUAUACAUUUUCGGUGCUUGUUGAUGAUGGAGUUACAAUGAAUUAA